CACCAGGCUCUGCCCUCGGGGGUCUGCUGUGGAGUCUCGGGGGACACGAUUCGGCCUUGGGAGGGCCGCGGGUGCACGGCCUGGGGACUGGGAAGCACUGCCCGGGCGUCUGAGAGGACCGGGCCUUCUUGGCUGUCUGGGGCGCACCUGGUGCUUUCCCAGGGGCUCAGGGGAGCCGGGGCCUGUUUCUUUGAGGCUCUUUCUCCUACACUGUCCUCACCCCAGAGCGCUGGGGAAAACCUUGGGAGGAUAGGGCGCCGAAGAAGGGGAGUGGCCCUGGCGGCGAGCGUCAGGAUCAGUGGCAGACGCAUCUGUGGAGCGUCCCCGUCACAAAGCGGCGGGUGCGAACUGCAGGCCACUGUGCUCGAAGGCGAGGAGUGGCACGUGGAGAUGCGAAGGCCUGGAGUCAGCCCUGCCCUCCGCAAACGCCUGCUGAGUUCUGUCGCCCUGGCAAGCUGGCAAAAGCCAAAGCUGGGCCAAACCAAACCACACCACACACGAGAAAAAUGGGAGGGGCUCUGCCCUGGUAGUCUUGUGACCGAGGAUACUAGUUCUGAGAACAACACCAGUUGUUUGGGCAAGCAAACCAGUUCUGAGAGUCAUUAAGGAGGGGUUUUUGGUGAUAGGGUGGUAGAUAGUGGUGAGGGAGGCUGGGGUCAGAUUGGGAAAUGUCUGAAAUGUGUGGAAAAGGCACAAGGGAUGCUUCCCAGGGUCUCUAGGAGGGGCAUGUCCCCUCUGCCACAGGCGUUUCCACUACAGUGUCAAGAUGGGAGAUCGGAGUGUCCAUAAAGAAAUCACAAGUGUGGCGGUCCCUAUCCCAAACGUCGUUGUCCACCCUCGGUUCUCAAAAGUUGUCAUCGGUCAACACGAACUUGCCCUUCUUUGGCUCCUCUGCCCUGUAAAUCUCAUGACCACCAUCCAGCCUGUAUGCAUCCCUAAGGAGACUUUCCAGGUGGAAGAUGGGGCCAGGUGCUGGGUGACCCGAUGGAGCAGAAAAGAAGAAUUUGGUGGCCAACUUUACUCAUAUAUUCAUCAGAAGAGUGAGCAAUACAUCAUUAAUUCUGAAAGACUUAAUCAGUUGGUCCAGCAGGCCAUGUCAACAAACAAGGAUGUAGUAUUGAAAGGGAUGCUCUGUGGCUAUAAAGAUGCAGGAAAGGAUGCUUGUCAGUGCCCUUUCCUCAAAUUCCGGGUGGGAUCCAUUGACCCUGUGGAGAUCCACACAACAGAGUGGCAGCAUGACUGGAGUCCUGAAAAUGUCCCAGCCUGGUGCUCUGGUCACCUGCCUUGGCCACGCCUUGGAUGUGCUCUGCCUGUCGGGAAGGAGGGGGUGAAAGCAUCCCAGCUAGAGGGCCAGCUGAGCUGCCAGCUGGAGCCUGAGGUUUCAGCGACGUCUUGGAGAACAUCUACCAAAGAGACAUCAUCGACCGUGAAGCAGCGUUAGCCCUGCUUGUGGUUUCCCAGCUCCCACCUGACACGCUGUCAAGCCAGUCAGCCUGGUGAUUGUUCAGAGAGAGAAGGAGUCGCCACGUCCCUGCUGAGGCGUGAGGCCGAGGAUUUCCACGUCUGACCCAGUUGUCUGGGGCUGGGCGAAGUUCCCCUGCCCCGCCGUGUGGAUCCAUCUGUGAGUGGCCUGUCUCUGCCACACAAGCCCUCCUGGGGCAACUCGGUCUUGGAACCCCCUUCCUCAGUGCCCUAGUGGCCACAUCCACGUUCACCCCACGUUGUGUUGAGGCGUUACAGAGUGCGGAGAUUUCGAUGUCAACUGAAUAAAUGCUUAAGAGAGGGGGUUUUGUGUUCUGCAUCCCUGCUGGUCUGGGGCGUGCGGACACUGAGAAGAAUUUAUCUCACAUUUGGCUUAGGAAGGUGUUCAUGAUGCUGUAAACCCUAGAGGGAGAGGGGAGGCCCUUGCCUACCCUGAUGAGAAUUGGAUAGAUGGUUUUAGCGUUGGGUCCUUCUGCUGUGCUCGUCACAGCCCUUGGCGUCUCUGCAGGGAGCUUUGUAGCUGAGUUUGCUAGCACUGCCUCUGGGAAGGAGGAAGCGAGAGACUGAAAGUGAGAGAGGGCUCAGGGCAUUGUAUCCAAACCGCAACCGCUAUUUUCCGCCUGUUUCUCCUGCUCCCCCUCUGGGUAUGUGGAGCCUUGAGCACCUGAUGGCCUUGGCGGGGCUGUGGAAAACACAGGGUUGGGGCUCAGGGAGAGCAUAGUUUGGGGUGCUUACUGUGUCUGUGCUGGCUCAUUUCCCUCAUUACCCUGUGGUCCCAGAGUAGCUCUUUGUCAUGGUGCAGAGCACUUCACUGCCCCCAGUUUCCUUUCCUGUUCAUGAAAGUUCGAGGUUGCCUUCUCUUAGGAGGGUGCAUUUUACAUGUGAGCAGGAGGUGCAUGUACAUAUUUGUGGACUGUGGUAAAGAUUGAUAAUUGUCUCCCCCGGCACCUUUCAUCCCCUUUCUUCUGGGCAUAGAGUACAUUUCCGAGUCUCCUGUAUAUCUAAGUGUGGCACUAAGCUUUGGCCAAUGAAAUAUAAAUAGAAACUUUGGGUGUGAAUUUUGGGGAAUGUCCUUAGAGGGAGGACAAAGAUUUCGUCUUUCUUCUCUCCUCCCUGGAAUGUAUACAUGGUGACUGGAGCUAGAGCAGCCAUCUUAGGACAUGAGGAACAUGCUAAGGGAACAGGAAUUUUGAAGGAACUUAGCUCCCUGGAAUUUGUAAGGCUGCCCUUACAGCUCUUCAUGCAAGAGAGAAGUAAACUUCUCUUUUAAUUAAGCCACUGUUGUCUUUGGUCUCGGUUACACAUUGAAAAACCUCAUCCUAACAUUCAGUUAGUAUCAUCUGGAGCUUUAUUUCUGGAUUGUUAUGAAUAUGUUUAUAAAGUCAUUUUUUAUUUAGACUCAAUUCUUUU